GCAUCUGCCCCACCCCGGUCUCAGCCCCAGCCCCAGCCUCUCCAUUGCCCCGGCCAGGGGGUGAGCUUUGCUCAGCUCAGCUCAGCUCUGCUCUGCUCUUGCCCCCUGACAGCAGCGGAGCGAUGCUGGCGCACUCCGGGUUCAACAGCUAGACAUCAGCCCUCGCGCGACCACAAACACAAACCCGACAUCCCCCGUCAGUCUGUCUCUGCCUCCCCCUCGUUCCCCCCCGAAACCUCCCUUUUCAUGCAGCUGUUUGAACUCUUCUCCAUCGAAGACAUCUCUCCGUGCUCUUCCAAACGGGGAUGCGACGUGCAGGGCCAACGGUGUUGUCGACUCGAUCAAAGUACACUGUACAUGUAUACACAAUGCUAGCCUGCUAAUGUUUGUAUGGGGACAAUCUGUAGAAAAAUGUCCUUAGCUGUCUCCUUGUGGCCCUGAUUCCUUUCGUCCUCCACUGCAUCAGUCCAUUUUUUUCUGCAUCCUCAUCCUACGACCUUUGCCCCCCCCCACCGUCCCCCUUCUUUUCGUCCCGUAGUGCAUGUCCCGAGAAUGGUUAGAAUCACCCGGACUCGCCGUCCCAUCUCACUUCACCUCUGCAAAAAAAAAAAAAAAAAAAGGCAUGAGGCUCCAGCACGAGCAUACACUUUACACACACACAUUCACAGAACCGACAAAUGCAUCACUUAUACACACACACACACACACACACACACAAAUUCAUGAAACAAACUCACGGAUGCAUGAAGAUCCUUAUGUAUGUGAAAGGAAACAGUCCAUUUUUGGGCGGGUGGUAGUUUUGUCUAUUUUAUUUAUUUUUUAUUUUCCCCUUUUGUCUAAGGGUUUUUUUAACGGUUACAAAGGCUGUUUUACUCGAACCUCCAUCUUAAAUAUGGGGUUUCACAAUCCUGGGCAGAUUUUUUUUUUUUCUUUUUUUUGAAUUGUCAUGUGCGAUGGAUAUGUCAUGGUCCUGUGUGCUUGUAUAAUAUAUACAUACAGUACAAAAAACAAACUUGCAAACAUACACAGUUUAUAUAUUACUUUUCCUUAUGUAUAAAAAGUAUAUAUAGAUAUAUGUAUAUUAACUACAAUGGUUCAGAAAUCACUUAUGGUGAGCUCCUAUCUGGCAGAGCAGUGGCAAUAUUUGCCGCUGCCUAAAGACAAUAGACUUAGACCUGGUGGCAUUUAGUUUUUUCUCUGGUCCUCUGUUGCUGGAGUGAGUUAAGAUUCCAGCAGUCACUUCUCCGUUCUACCGUGGUGUCUGUAUUAAGGCCGUAGAUGGAUGGAUUUAGGGCAUUGCUCUAUUUCACGUCUGUUCACCCACUCUGUCUGUAACGGUGUUUCUGCGACAGCGUCUCAGCGACUUCUGCCCCACGUAGAUCUUCCUCUUUGUCUCUGUGAAAAGCCAGGAUGUUUCGGUGGCACGUCGUCUUUCGUCAGCUGUUUCGGAAAAAGCGUCGGCGGCGGUCCUCGGGUGCGUCCGCCGGCUUCCUCAUGCGUUUCCUCCACUGACCGAAGUGAUAGCCUCGCCUCCUUUGUCGUCCACCUGCCGCACAUAGAGCCAGUCGGUACAGUCUGUCAGAGCGUCUUAUUUACAGAGAAUACUCACUGCAUUUAAAAGAAAAGCGGAUAAAUGAAAGAAAAACAAAAUAAAAAAAACAGAAUUUGUAUAUACAGUAUAAAUGCUCCUUACCAAAAUUCUGACUUGUAUGUUGUUUUUUAUGUUGAUAUGUUGAUUAUUUUUCCAUCCUGUGUUUAAGGUAUGUAUAUAUGCAGACCCAUGUACUGUUUAUGAGCAAAAACAAAGAUGACAAAGGGUUGGGAAAGGUUUAAAAAAAAAAACGACAAAAAAAAAAAAAAGAAAAGAAAAAAACAGAAUCAGGGCGAAACUGAUGUUGUUUAUGGAUAUUGUCGAUUGAUAAUGAUGAUCAGCUUUAUCCAGCCAUAUGUUCAAUCUUACCUGUACAGUACAGUAGAUGACAGCUGUAUUAUUGUAACAAGAACUAGUCAUGUAUAGUGUAACUAUAGUUUGGAGUGCCUUUGCUUUCAUACACCUUCGCCUUGUUCCCCCUCAGCCCCCACCCACUCGAUGACACCCCCCAACCCCUGUCCCCAAUAUUGUGGCUCUCCCUUUGGUGCUGUUGAAUGUUCUGCUAGCGUACACUACACUUAUGUGCACAUACAAACCCUGCCCCUGGCUCCGCCCCUUCAUUGCUCAUUUUAAUGUCAUUCACAGACAUUGGUUCGUUGUCAGGACUGAACUGGUGAUGAAGUCGACUAAUGUUUCUUUUUAUUACAUAUUUUAUCAUGGAAACACACACACACACACACACACAGACACAGGCCAGAACAAACAAGUGUAAACCACAUUCAUGGAGUGUGUGAGGAGUUGGUGCUGCAGAGGGCAGCGUGGAGUUAUUAGAGGGCCUCUUCUACCGUAAAUAUCUAUACAGUACAGUCCGGUGUCUGUAUUACUCACAGUGUUGGUUCUUUUACCAAAGCUAAACGAUGAUGUAGUUGUGAUGAGCCAUCCUCAGAGGCAAUAAUAUAUUCUGACUCUUCUUCUUCUCUCUGGAUAUUUGGUUGUUCCUCCGUCCUCUAGGUCUGCAUUAGGGGGGUGGGGGUUCAGUAGCACCUAAAGGGGUCGAGUCAUGUAGCUGUUCUAUCUCCUGCUUGCUGUAAUUUUUGCAUUCAUACAAGUGUUGCUACCCUCCGCCAGAAAGUCUGGCCACUUCACCCCAAACCCAAAUUCAGUUCAAUUAAAAAAAAAAACACACACACACACAAAAGCUACCAAAAAAGAUGACCUACAAGUAUAAAUGUUAGUAUGUUAAUAUACUAACAUUUAUACAUGUUUAAUAUGCUUACUGGGGUUAAAGAAAAAGAUAAGAAAAUAAUACAAAAACAUCUUGUAUACCAGUACUACUACUUGAAUGCCUCUGUUUGUGACUGAAAUUUUUAUUUCUUUUGGUUUUUUUUCCCCUUUUGUUCUGUGAAGGUAUGCUUAAUGUGCACCUCUGUAAAUAUUCCCCCUGCGUGCUCUGAGGAAUAGUUCCCUGGUACUGUAAUUUGCAUUAAAUAAAGAGUAGGAUAGCCUGGAAAUGAAAACACUGACUGUUUCAUCUUCUUUUAGAUGUCGCUUUAUAAUAAUACGUAAAUAUAAACUGCGGUGGACUAAAGUUAACAAAUGCAACAGUUCUUGAUCACGUCAAUUACCACAGACACAAAAAUAUAUUUCAUUCAUAAUCCUCGUCUUUUUAACCAUUAAAAAAUUAACAUUAAUCACACUUCCUAAUCACAUUUCAGAGACUGUAGACUGGAACAGUCGAAACCUGAAAAUAUGUUGGUGAAAGAAAAGAUGAAAAACAAAAACUUAAAUAAACCAAACACAGCCAGUUGAGCAGAAAGUGAUCAGGGUUUAUGCCCCAACAGUGCAUUUCAAUUGAAAUUAUUAUCCGUUAUUACUUACCACUUUGACUUUACUGACGACAGACGUUGUAUUUAGUGCUCAGACAGUAGUAUAUUUAGUAUGUUGCGAACUCGGAUGUUUUUAGUCAUACUGUGUCAGAACUAAUAUAUUUGGACUGUUUUUAUCCCUGACUGUUUCACCGGAUUGGCACACGUUCUCUAUCCUUUCAACUGAAGCGCCUCUCAUCAGUGUCUUCUAACCUUUUUUGAGCCACAGCAAAUAUUUGGAAAAAAAAUAUAUUGAAAAAAAUGGCAUACACAACGAAAUUGUUUUGUAAAUAAUUGUAAAUAAUUUUAUGACUAAGUCAAAUUUGAUCAUUCUAUACAUUACACUUGAUGACUGUUAGCCUACUUGAACUUAUUCACUUGUUUUCACGAAACAACUUUGUUGUGACGUGAACAUGAACACACUGUUAUCUAAAGGAAACACAUUGCAUCAAUACUCGUGGUCAACCUGAGAACCAUUUGUGGGCAACAUUACUUUGCAGUUGGGAGGUUAUGUUGCAACCCUGCAGGAAAGCUAGUUCCUCAAAGCUAACUUUGCCACCUCACUGUCAGCUGUUUGUGUCUGUAAGAGACAAACAUCGUCCUAAAAUUAGAAUCCAGGAAAAGAGGAACAGUCUUGUGUCUUUUUCGACUUGUAGAUAUUCCUCACACUCGAACUUCUGCUGUUUCUACCUUUAAUGCUUCCCAGAGACGGAAAAACUACGACUAGAAAAGCCGAAAACUAACUUGUUUUUUUUUUUUCUUCCUGUUCAUCCGUUAUAAACUCGGUCAAGUUUUGACCUUAAGUGUUUGGACUGUGAGUCAAACCACAGACCACAACCUCAGUCGGAGCUAAUCUGUAUUGUAAUAUCACUGACCUGCAAAUUGAUGAUAGAGACAGGCAUAACAACAUCACCCAUGUCCACGCUUUAAAAGUAGCUAAAUCAGAAAAAUUUCCUUUAGUGUGACUCUCUUUUUCACCUGCCAUAACCAACAGUUUCCACUAGGGCGAGGCGAUUAAUCAAAAUGAGAGUUACUGUUAAAACGAUUUUCUGCUCUCCAUGGAGAGGCGAGCGCCUUUCAUUUAUGACAUAAAUAAAUGUAUAAUUUUAUAUGCUGUAUGUGUUUCCAGAUUUUUUGCAUAGCUGUUAUUUAUAAUAUAUAUUUAUAAUCUCAAAUCAAUGAAUAAUCAUUUUGGAUGAAUUAAAAAUGAGUCAAAUGAUCGCGAUGAUUCAUAGUCAUUGUUUCCACCUAAAACUUACGCAUUUGCAUUUCUCCUUCAAUUUAAGUACAAGAACAUUCAUCUUCUAAAAAAAGUCAUUUUGGUCGAGUAACUAACGUUGUGUAACUUGUUUUUUGGUCCUUUUCACAGAGUUGUUAUCAUGUUUUUCCCAUAGAUUUGACGAAGGCAGUGGUUUAUGAUACUGCUCGUGUAGCGUUUGACUUCAUGUCAGACACCACUCGCUCAUGUGAGUGGCACGAAGAGGAAACUGGUGUGUUGUCUUAUCAGGUGACAUCCUGUGUGUGGGAAGAAAGAAGGCAGACGUAGAGGAAAGCUGUUUGGAAAGGGAGGAGAGUUGAAAAGAUGGGAGGGAUUUGUUAAUCACCAGUAGAGUGCUUUCAACUUCACAUGGAGGAGGAGAAAAAGUUGCUUUUUGUCACUUGGGUUCAUUUACACAGGCCUGAACAUGCUGGAGAUCAGGAUCAUUUGAACGCAGAUUGGAAACUCCAGGAGUAAAGUUUUAAAAACUUGCUUGUCUAUCUGAUGCCUCCUGUUCUGGUGGAGUGACUUCACAGAGAAACCUGAAGGCAACAUGGAGAUGAGGGACCUGUUGUGGAUUGGCGUGGCUGUCAUCCUCCUGGUGGACGUUGACGUUUGGGGCCAGGAUCCAGGAACUUAUCACUUAACCACUUCCAUGAACUCCAGCACUGAUGGCGACUCCGGCCCUUCGUCCCCUCGCAGUCAACAGAUAAAGAACGUUGUUGUGCAGAAUGUAACCGUCAACCUGGGCAGUGACGUGAACCUGACCUGCGGUGAGAAAAACUGGAGCGAGACCCUUUACGUUUUAUGGAAAAUUAAUCUGAAACACAGGAGCUGCGAUAUAACCCGUGAACAAGACAGCCCCACCGUAGACAAGUGCAAUGACAGGAAGCAACUGCUGAACGCGACCGGGUCUACAUCCUACCUCAGGGUCCCACACGUCUCACUGGACGACGUGGGAAUCUACACCUGUGAGUCUGCCUUCAACGGGGGAAACAACAAACACGUGUUCAACGUCACGGUCACAGUUCCUCCUGAACCUUCAGCCUGGUUGGAGCACAGGUCCAAUAAGAUGGUCGCUGUCUGUAGAGCUGAAAGAGGAAAACCUGCUGCCAACAUCAGCUGGAGUUUUGACACAGUCUCACCGUCGGUGGAUUAUCACGACACGUCCGAUGGUUUUAUUUCAGUAGUCAGUAGUCUGGAGCUGGCCGAGGACACUAACAUUGAGAAUCUGAUCUGUGUCAUCACCCAUCCGUACUGGGUGAAGGGCGUGGUCCUGGUACCAGAGGUCAAAAAAGGAUACUUUUUCUGGCUGUUCAUUUGUAUUGGAGUGAUCGUCGGUGUGAUUCUAGUAGUUUUUGCAUUUUUUGUACAAAGGAAAAUAAUGCUUACGAGGCGGGCGAACACAUGUGACACAUCACUGUCCAAAUUUCCCUCGACGGAGUAUGUAGAGGAAGUAGAGCCCUACGCCAGCUACGUUCAACGAGUGAACUCCAUCUAUAACUGAGCUGCAGAAUGUUAUGGCCGGAUGUUCUGUCCACCCCCCACUCCGACACACACAUUAAUGUGCUGAAUACUCUUUUUUCUCUGUUACCGCAACUCUCUGAGCAACAGAAAUUAAUUUAACCAGUAGGUUCUGUGACGGAAAACGUGUUGCAGCUCAGAUUAGAAUCAGGGGAAGUCGAAGCAGUGGUGUGCUACCUGAUGAUGCAGUAAAACCUAAAAAACUCUGCACUUUAUGCUUUAAAUUUCAAGGCCAAAAAGGAAAAAGAAAAUAUCUUUAGUGCUAACAAUUUUAGAAUUUUCUUUCUAUUUUUUUAAUGUCACCUAUAAAGUGAAACCAGCAAGACGCUUCAAAAGAGUUUGGACGGAGAAAACGUGUCACAUCCUGUUCUGUUCGUUCCACUAUUUCACUAAAAAUCUGAAUAUUUGUACAGGGGUGAGUUCUUCCACAAGGUCGGCUCUUUUCUUUCUUUUCUUUGCGUUUUUUUAAAUAUUUAAAUAUUUCUGUUUGGGAAAGACCAGAUCUUAAUUGUUGCAGUUCUCCAAACAGACUCUAGGGCUGCUCAUGAUGUACAGAAGACCUGAACAGUUGUUUGUUAUUAAAAUAUUGUUUAAAGUAAACAAAUACUAUGUAAGUAUGUGAGGUUAAACUGACGGGGAAAAAAGAAAAUUCUUUUUGUCCAUUUGUUGAUUCAAUUUAUGUUCGGAUUAUUUCAUAAUCGGCAGAUCUUAUUUUAAAGAAGUAAAACAGCUUCCUUUGAAAUGGGCUUACGUGGGUGUUUCCGUUUUCUUAUGAAACACUGGGCAUAUGAUCAGGUCAGAGCAGUAGCUUCUGGGUAAUGUGUGUGAACGUUGUAUUUAUUACUUUGCCGUAAAUAUAUAAAUACAUUAACGGCAGUAUUCAAAUUAAUGUAACGAAAACAGUGGGUUACAUGACAACGGUAUUCUCUAUACAUAUACAAAAGUCAAAAGCAAACCAAACGAACUUGAAGAUGAAGUCCUGUCGACUUGUCAUCAAAGGAUGACGACACUUUAAAAGUGAGCUAGAAAGUCUUUCUCUCAGUCAAAGGUAAAUGGUGCACCCCCCCCAAAAAAAAAACAAACAAACAACAACAACAACAUGUUUUUAAAACACCUAUCUAUCUAUGAAAAUAUGAUCUAUUCUGUUCUCUUCUAUCUUCUCUAUCGAAUCUUCUGCUUGGCAGCGUGAAAACACUAUCUGCUGCGCCAUCUACUGGUAAAACAAGGUAUAAUUUUUUUGCGGCACUAAAUUGAAAAGAAAAAACAAACAUUUAGAAGUAAAGGUAAAAGUCAGAGGGUUCAAGAUCUUCUAAAAAAAAAAAAA